AUGUUAUCUUCAAUAGCCGGUUUCUUCAGAAAGGCCCCCGUGGCAGCUGCCCGGGCGGUUCCUACAAGGAAAAACUCAGUCUUCAUGCCUUUGGUCUGGAUAGACUGUGAGAUGACCGGUCUCAACGUGGAAAAGGACCAUAUCAUCGAGAUCUGCUGCAUCAUCACAGACGGAGACUUGAACAUCGUGGACCAGAAUGGUUACGAGUCGACUGUUUACGUGUCAAAAAAGAUCCUUGAUAAUAUGGGAGAGUGGUGCGUUAACCAGCACGGUAAGCUGGGUCUUACAGCAAAGGUUUUGGCCAACCCCCAGCAAACGUUACUGAAGGUCCAAGAUGAGUUGCUCGACUACAUCCAGAAAUGGGUUCCUGAGCCACGUACGGGCUUGUUGGCAGGCAACUCCAUCCAUAUGGAUAAAUUUUUCAUGAUGAAGGAGUUUCCCCAGGUUAUCGAGCACCUUCAUUACCGUUUGGUAGAUGUCUCUUCUAUUAUGGAGGUUGGCAAACGCCAUAACCCACAGCUCAUGAAGGCCUGCCCACGCAAGAAUGGAGCUCAUACUGCUAAAUCAGACAUUUUGGAUAGCAUCGCCCAGUUGAGAUGGUAUAGAGAAAACUAUCUUCGUGGUCCCGAGGAUGAACUAGUUCACAAGAAACAGAAAGUUGAGACUCCAAGAUCACAGAAAAUUGUUGAUGGGCAUGUGGAGGCUUCUCCUAAGCCCAACCAACCGACUGUGACUGUGGAGAAGUCUUUUGAGCAGACUGAGGACGGCAUCAGAGAAAUCGAGAGACAUGUCAUCACCUCGAGCAAGUAA